AUGUUUAUGAAUUUCAUUAAAGAAGCCGUUUGUGAUAAUAACGAUGAAGUGUAUAAAUACCUUCUCGGCUGGAUUGCAUCAAUGAUUCAACAUCCUGGAAUCAAGAAUGAAACAUCAAUUAUUUUGAAAGGACUUCAGGGAACAGGUAAAAACAGAUUCACUGACAUUAUUUCUGAACUUCUCGCCGGUUAUUCAUGCAAAAACAUUACCGAAAUAAGUGAGCUAACGGGUAAUUUCAAUUCAGUAGUUGAGAAUAAAAUGUUUCUUGUACUUAAUGAACUCAAGAAUGUAGGUGAAGAUAGACUCGCAAACUUCAACGCUUUGAAAUCAAUUAUUACGGAUAAUGAGAUAAGAAUUAAUGAAAAGAAUCAACCCAGAAGAACAGCACAAAACGUUGCAAACUUCAUUUUCGUAACUAACAACGUUUACCCUGUCAAAAUUGAAGUUGGAGACAGAAGAUAUGUAGUUUUAAGAGUUAAUGGUAAAUUUAAGGGUCAAUUUGAUUAUUUCAAGAAUUUGAUGAAUUCAUGCACAAAGGAAUUUUAUGAUAAUUUACUGACGUAUUUUAUGCAAUAUGACCUUUCAUCAUUUAAUGUACGAAUCAUACCGAUGACUGAAGCCAAACAAGAUUUAAUUGAAUUAUCAACAAAUCCUUUAGAUGUAUGGAUAAAUACACAUUAUGAUGAAUUGUGUGCAGGUAUGACGUGUAAAAAUGCGCUAUUCUGCAAACCAUCAGACAUGAAAGACAAGAAUUUCCAAAUGAGCAUUAAGGAUAAAUGUGAUAGGAAACAGAGAAGAAUAGAUGAUAAACAGACAUGGUGUUAUGUUUUGAAAGAAGAAAUGAAAGGAUUAUAUAAACAGGUUGAACCAAACGAUAAUGAGGAUUCAUUUACUGACGAUGAAAUACCUGCAAAUGAAGCUUUAUAA